AUAUGUUGACCGACUACGCAGUGUCAUGCACAAUCUCCGCGCAACACCCCCUCGAGCGUCACUGGCCACUUCCUUCAUCCCUCCCGACUUCGACACGUGCAAAUUCGUCCUAUUCCAUCAUGACGCUCAACCUUAUGUCGGGCCUUACAAAGUUGUUCGGACAUCUGACAAGGAUUUUGUCAUAGGUUGCAAAGGCAAUUCAGACACUGUCAGCAUUGACCGCGUCAAACCCGCCUACUUUGAAGAACUGGAAACAAUCUCAACUUCACACAGCGCCCAGCCACAUACGGUGACGCCACUACCAUCACCAACUGGAGUAUAA